AUGGAUUUGCUUGCGUUACGUAAAUCGGGGAAAAAACCGGACCUUAUCGGCUUAAAUUCGCAUGCCCUCCAGGGCCCCUAUUUCGGUUCCCAUGGGAUGCCGCCGACAAGGUCGGUUUACGCACGCCUCCCAAUGCCCGCGCAACGUACGAGUGAGAGCAGCAGCGCAGCCAGUGGCAGCGAAAGUCCAUUUGCGUUCCAGGGUUUGAACGGGAGCACGCUAGUGCCCCCGGGAGAUGAACACACUGACGCGUUGUUCCAGAGCUUGAUGAGUAUGCCCACCAAGGCAGUCCCGCAGCAUCCACAUCAGCCGCAACAACAGCAACUACAACAUCAUCAACAUCAUCAUCAUCAACAACAACAACAGACAUCUGGCAGGCUGCCUGAUGGGGGCAGGGCAGCAAGCGGCGACCCCUCGCGCGGCCGCUUGACAGGCUUGGGAACAGCACCGCCGCCGCCGCCACCGCCGCCGUGUGGUGCAGUCGACGUCCUCCUCGCGCGAGCCCUCGGGGGCCCCGGGCAGCUAGGAUUUGGCGCGGGUGGUGAUGGUGGUUCCCGAGGAUCCCAAGCCCCUCCUCUUGCCUUGUACCGCGAUGAGGAUGGGCAGCUGCCAAGACCCAUGCGCCAUGCAGCAGCCGCCAACGUGCUGUCGUACGACAACACCUUGCUGCAAUGCCAUCGCGCGGCGUCUGCCGCCACCGCAGCGACAGCAGCGGGAUUGUCAGCCGAUGUCAAGAAUGGCAUUGCGCUGGUCCGGCAACAGCUCGAGCAGCUGGAGCAUGGCGCACUUUCAGAAACAACAGCAGAAAUCGAGGCUCAUCAUUUACGUGGCCAGGACGCGAUGUUUGAAGGGGGUACGCGGCAGCUAGCUGGGGGUCGGGUCGCCGCGCCAGGCGUAGUGGCGAACCAGGGGCUUCACCAGCAGCACCACCAUCAGGGCUUUCCGCACCAGCAAAAGCCAAUGCAGCAGGGCGUUACCGAUGCGGUUGCAGCCGUUGCAGCUCCUGCAACUCAACAACGGCAUCAUCAACGAUGGCAGCCGCCAAUGCCCCAUCAGCGGCACCAUCCGGAACAUCAGCUGCAGGCGGGUGACAGGACCAUGCGAGAUGCGCAGAUUGCAAUGGUGGGUGCAACCGCAGGUACUGCUGGGCCCCGCCCUGCGAUGAUGGCGACGACGGCUUCGGCCGUAGCAAGAAAAGAUUGGGACGACGGCAUCCAGAUAGGCGCGGCAGCAGCAGCGGGGGUCAAUAAUCGAAGCGGUGGCGCCGACGGCGACGGCAUCGGCACUUCGUCGGCUCGUCAGCGCCGCCGUACGCACAUUGCGGGGACAUAUGGGGUUCAGUCGGUCACAGUGGAGAAGGAUGCGUCGAGCGAGGGGCAAGUCGCGGGGGAAAAGGAAGCAUGCAACAGCAGUAUCGGUACGGCGCCGGGGGUUGAUGAUGGCGGCGGCAAAGGAGCCUCAUGCAGAAAUGGUCCAACAGGCAGUGUGGGCGGACUGUCUGGCCGCGACGUGGAACCGCGAGCCAUCGACCACCAAGGCGAGCCGGGAACUACUCUUGCGCGAGGUGGAAGCGGUGCCGUACCAGGCGGAGAGUGUGCUGGUGAGGGACAACUUGACGGAGAAUACGGCGGUGGCAUCGACGAAGGCGACGACGAAGACGACACCACCGAUGGCGGUGGCGACUACGGCAGCCCCCUACGUCAGUCACGGAAGCGUACGGCAUCUCAGCGCCGUCGAGGCUCAGCGUCCGCGAAGAGGGAGCUUUGUCGGGAGCGCAACCGAACGGCUCAGCGCCGGUUCCGAGAGCGUCAGAAGGAUCUUAUCCGCGCUCUGCAAGACCAGGUCGAGCACCAGGAGGCCCUCAUCAAGGAUCUGAAAAGUCGACUGGCAGUUUACGAAGGACGCACGUCGCCGCAGGCGGCACCACCUUUACCAGCAUCAGUAGGGCCGUCGUCCGCGGCAGAGCAGCAGGCAGGUUGUGACCAGCCGCCAAACGCCACCUCCACGGCCACGGCAACAAGUAACGGUAACUAA